CAGAUGAACACAACAGAUGAUCGUCUGCCAAAGCUGGAGUUCACGCUUUCUGAGGACGAAGAAAAUGCUCUCACACUGUACGAGGAGCUCGAGCAGACGGACAUCAAUCCGACCAAUCUGAACGUGAACUGCUGCUGUGGUCUGUUGCGUACCUCACCCUUCCAUCAGCCAAAGUCUUCCACAAGCCCUACCGGGCGCCUUCAGGUAGAUCCAUUACGACACGAAGCCGAUGCACUAAAUGGACAUCGUGGCCAUCAUGGUCACCACCAUCACCAUCAGCAUGCGGACGAUACAGAUCAGGACUUUCACAUUUCUACCCGGUCCUGCGAGGAUGACGAAUGCGAUAAUGCGCUGGCCGAUAGAUGGCGCCACAACGUAACACGUCGCAACGAACGUUACCGAGCGUUUGGGUUGCUAGAGUCCAGCAUUCUGAACAGCUUCCAGCUGCAAAACUUUCGCCGCAAGACGCCGAGCGUUUUCGAUUCGUCUAGCUCUUCGGGGCAGACGAGUUGCAGUUCCACUGCAUCGAGCAUGAUCGAGGACAUUUCGGAUAAGAUAGAGGAAAUCGGAAAACUCGACACCAACAUCCAUUCGCUCAUGUACAAAUCGGUCGAGCUACAUAAUGACAUACUGUCUUUGGAGGCCACCACCAACCGCCUAAUAGCCGAUGCGAAAAAGCUCUCGGACGACCUGGAUGAUGUCCGAUUCCUAGACGAACUGAUCGCCAUUCUAAACGGUGACAUCGGGCCGGUGAUACAUCGCGAAUGGCCUUACAAAAUCGACACGGACGCCCCGAUCGAAGAAGGCACCCCUGUCACCUAA